AUGCCGUUGAUGUUGGAGACCCAGCAGGCGUCCAAUCAGCCUCCAGUUGGUCGUGUGCUAAGAAGCAGGGCUUUUGAAGGCUGCAAUGUACACGGAAGUAUUGCUCCUAGCUGUUAUGGCAACUACAAGAAUGCCCUCGCUGCUGGCUACAAAUAUAUCGAUCUCUAUUUCUUUCCCUGUACUGGAUCCACGUACAAUUGCAAAUCGCCUCAAACACAAAUUAAUGAACUCGUUGACUUUGUUAACCAGAAUAAUAUGCUUGUACAAACAAUUUGGAUUGAUUUUGAAAAAGAUACAACAACUUGCACUAAGAGUUGGGAUGGAACUGCAUCAAGUAAUCUUGCCUUGGCAAAGCAAUUUACAGAUGCUGCUAAAGCUACAAAGUGGAACUGGGGCAUCUAUUCGUCACAAGGGGAGUGGGAAACACUUUUUGGUAGCGCAGGAGCAGUUGUCGAUAGUAGGUUCAAGGUUUGGUAUGCGCACCCUCAAAAUCCUCUACAACCAAAUUAUGAUGAUUGGAAGGAUAUGGCAUUUGGUGGUUUUAGUGCUCCCUCCGGAAAGCAAUAUGGAGGUGGCAGUGGUCAAUGCGGUUCAUUUGAUCUAAAUAUAUUUACCUACAGUACUGGUGCUCAGGA